AAUAAUAUGAUAAGCAUAAUGUGAAAAAUUGUUAAAAGUAAAAAGUGGUUACUAAUAACGUAAAAUUAUGGGAUUAAUGAAAAAAAUUUCAUAUUAUUUCAAUUAAAACUUGUCAAUUUUUAUUCAGUAACACAAAUCAAGUAUUUUUUAUUUUAAUUCCUCAUAUUUGUAUUAAUUUUAUUAAUAUGGCUUCAAGUGGUGAUCAUCGUCGAAAAUGGGACCGAGACGAGUACGAAAAAAUGGCCAGAAAAAGGCUCACAGACGAUAUAGAAGACGAUCAUUCGAAAGAAACGUCACCCGUAAAAAGAGAAAUGUUAAAACAAAGAGACUAUCGUGUUGACUUGGAUUCAAAAUUAGGAAAAAGUGUAGUGAUUACUAAAGCUACUCCGUCAUCUCAAAGUGGAGGGUACUACUGUAAUGUGUGCGAUUGUGUUGUUAAGGACUCUAUUAACUUUUUGGAUCACAUCAAUGGAAAAAAACAUCAAAGAAAUUUAGGGAUGUCAAUGAAAAUAGAAAGAUCUUCAUUAGAUCAAGUUAAAAAACGAUUUGAAACUAAUAAAAAGAAAAUGGAAGAAAAAAAGAAAGAUUAUGAUCUAGAACAACGUUUAAGAGAAUUAAAAGAAGAAGAAGACAAAUUAAAAGAGUACCGAAAAGAAAAGAAAAAAGAAAAAAAGAGGAAACACGAUGAGCUGGAGGAUGAAUCUCAAAAUGAUGAGAUGGCGGCAUUAAUGGGAUUUUCAGGUUUUGGUUCAUCUAAAAAAUAAAUAUUUGAUUUUUUGAUAAAUAAUUAUGUUUAAUAGUAAUGCAAUAAUACAUAAAUUACAAUUAAUUAACCAUAAAUAACUUUUUGUAUGAUUAGUAAUAUUCAUGACUCCCUUUUUCUUCGGUGUUUUUAAAUCACACUAAACAGCAAAUGCCAGCAUAACUAAAAAAAAAUGUGUAUCAUAAUUAGUAAUAAAAGAUAAAAUUAAGUAA